AACCGGUGAUGGAAGAAAAAUGUGAUGUGACACUUGGACAUUAUGACGAAGCGGACGAGUCUACUAAAUUGUUAGAUUCAAAACAGAAGCCUAACGUAUACUGCGAAGAAAAAAAGUCGGGGAAGGUAGAAAAAGCAGUUUAUAAGAAAUAUAUAAAACUUGGUGGAGGAUAUUUUCUUGGCGUAUUUAUUAUUUUAUUUUUCAUCGUAACGCACACAUGUAAAAGCUACUCGGAGAAGAUGGCAGCUUGCAGUUUGUUGUUGGAUUUAUAA